UGAUGAGCCGGUUCCCCAUUUGGACAUCACCGCUUGUGUGCGAGUCGGAGGCGGGCGUAACCGCAUGAAGAAAAUAUCGGCGAGAUCGAUCAAUAACGGCCUUGCGAUCACAGGCGUCGACCAUCAAUCUGAGAUUCAGAAGGCUCUCGAUCAAAUUUCAUUGACGAGCAGCCGUUGCCCCUGGACCGUCGCUCCUGCGCCUGUUUCCGAGUCGUUGCUCCUUCGUUUCCAAUGAAAUGAUCAUGUAGGAAGAUGCGCCUGCGUCUGACUAGUAUAUAUGGAACGGGCGUGGUGAAGGGAAGAAACCAGGUUCUCCGCAUCCUACAAUAUUCUACUACCUCUUCCUUCAAUGGCUCUGUCUACUUCUAUCUGCUCUCAGUCCCCCGCCUCCUUGGUUUCCAAGAAGGGUCCGAGGGCGACCAUCACUUCGAGCUUUGCCUCGAUCUUCUCAAAUGUCAAGACUCUUUUAGCACCACCGACUCGGACUGAGAUAGGUGCCUGUUGGGAGCUCUGCCGUCUCCAAAAUGGGAUGGGAUGCGCUACUGUAUUCCUUCCAGUGGCGUGGUCUUUAGCGAUGGUUUACCACGCUUACCCUGAGCUGACGGGAAUGGAAUGCCUUACCCGGGCUGCCGUCUACUUUUUCCUCUGCAUCGGCAUCAAAUGUUUGAUCAUGACUAUUGAUGACAUCCUCGACUAUGAUAUUGAUGCAAACGUCGAGCGUACGAAGAACCGAGCUCUCCCUAGAGGUGCAAUCAGCAUCGAGCGAGCAUGGUUAUUCUUCGCUCUCCAAGUAGCGAUUGGUGUCUUUUUGGCUUACAAAGUUCUGAGCCCUGAUGCUCUGCGCAUUUCAAUGUACGUGUGGCCAUUGUACGUGCUGUACCCCACAUGCAAGCGCUGGAUGUACUUUGCUCCCAUUCCUUUGGGCUUGAUGUUCAACAUCGGCAUUUAUAUGGGCUGGGCCGACCUGGCACCUGAUGAUGCAAUUCCCUACCAUGCUCUCACUGCUGCAUACCUCGGUGCGACGAUGUGGACGAUCACAUACGAAACCGUGUAUCAACACCAGGACAAGGUGGAUGAUGUGAAGAUUGGCAUGAAGUCACUCGCCAUCCUGUGUGGCAGACACACUAUCCCUGUCUGCUCCGCUACCACUGUUGGCUUUGCAGGCUUGAUGACAUGGGCCGGCUAUCUCAACGAGCAGGGCAUUCCCUUCUACAUCGCUGUGGCACUUUCAGCCUUCGUUCUCUUGAAGGAGCUUAUUGUGACGGAUAUUGACAAGCCAAGGCAAUGCAUGAAUUUUUUCUUGCACACGCCGACGAUUGGGAAUCUGAUACUCGCUGGAUUAGUUGUCGAUGCUGUUGUUCACCGGGUAGUUGAAGGAAUCCCUCUGUAAAGCACCACAUACCUGUACUAUUAACUUAACAA